GUUCCUAGAGUCGACCAGCAGGUAGAGCUGUGAGACGACAUGAUUGUAUAAAUGCUGUCCUGUUAUUAUAAUGACUUCCAUGGAAUUGGAAAGCUUGCUGUUACUGAAAUACCCCUGAGCUGUGCCCUCUGAAUCACUUGCCUUCUUUGAGUAGUCUGUACAAGAUUGUUAAACUACAGGAGAUCGCAACAUUCAAGAUAUGGGGCACCUAAAGAUUUUGAGACUGUCAAUGCUGGUUUUGAUAUAUUGGAAAAUAUGUAAAGCAACUAAUUUAACCACAGUUGACCCUCCAACCAACCUACAGAUACUAGACCCUGGAUACCUGGGUGAACUCCACAUUGAGUGGCAAGCUCCAGCUAGCUUGAGAAGCAUCUCAAACUGUGUGCUGCGCUACCAGCUACAAUACUACAGCACUGAUGAAGGCAGAUGGAAGACUGUGAGAACUACACACUUAAAACACAGUGCCAGAUUUGACCUUGGGAAGGAAGCCAAAGUAAAAGUACAGAGCCUGCUGAAGGGUCAGUGUACAAAUGGUUCUGAACUGCAAAGCGUGUGGGCUGAAAGGACAUUGCAGCCAUCACAGGAAGGGAUUCCAGAGUCCAGGAUCAAAAACCUCGCCUGUGUUUUCUAUAACUGGGAAUACAUGGAAUGUACCUGGCAGAGGCCUCCAUAUUUAAACUACAACCUGUUCUACUGGCACUCAAAGCUGGACCAUGCAAUGGAAUGUGCUGACUAUAUCCAGUCCAAUGGGGUCAACAUUGGCUGCAAUUUUUCCAGUGCUGAUUUGGAGGACUACACCGACUUUAACAUAUGUGUUAAUGGCUCUUCUGCAGCAGGACCUCUGAUUCCAGUGUACUUCAGAUUUGAACUUCAAAAUCUAGUGAAACCAGCUGUUAUUAAGAAAAUAAAUGUAACAAAAGUGGGAAAUGAAAGACUGCAUCUGGAAUGGAAGCCUCCUGUGGGUAAAAUCAAAUCCCACUGCCUGGAGUAUGAGAUUCAGUGCAGAGAAGAUGAAAACGAAUGGACGUCUAACUUCAAAAAAGGAACCACAUUUACCAGCUCCCGAUUUGACCCGACCCAACACAGGCAUUGUUUCCGAGUAAGAAGCAAGCUAAACAUGUACUGCGCUGAUAAUGAGCUGUGGAGCGACUGGACCGCAAACCUGUGCUUUACUGAGGAAUAUGAACUAUCUGAAGCAUCCAUGUUUAUAGCUCUGGGCACUUCUCUGAUUAUCUUGUUUGCUAUUGCACUUUCCUUAUGGAUCAGACGAAGAGGAUUAAAGAUCAAAGGAGGAGAAGAUGGUAUAUUGCUCUGAUGUAUGGAACUGCUAUAUUUGUUCUCAAAUAUGUGCUGAGAUAUCCAAUAAGAUGAUUGUCUUGGUUGUUUUCACAAUCAAGUUCACCGUGGAGUGGAAUAACAUUGUGUCUGUGGAGAUCCAUGUAAUGAAAGUAAUAGUUUGGUAUAAAGUCUGCUUCAUAUCCUUAGCUGUCCUUGUGUUAACAUAGUAUUGUACUAUUGCCAUUAUCUUGCCAUUGCUUUGUCACUGCACUGAUCAUUAUUGAAACAGCUUACUAGCAAAUUAACCUUGGAGGUGAUUGAACAGAACAUCCUGGAAUAGAUUGUCAAAAAGUUCUGCUGCUGAGUGAACAUUUGCAUCAUAAGAAGAUGCUGCUAAAUAGGAUUGAAUCACCAGACCUGCCCCCUGUUCUGUUAAGUUGCUGUUCCAGUUGUCGUUUCACUGCCACAGUUUGUAUUUUGUGUUUGCAGUUGGAUUAUCUUUUUAGGGCAGAGAAUGAUUUGUAUUGUUUAUGCUAAUAUUGACAGAUUUUAGUUAAUACGUUCCUCAUUGUUUAAUUCAUUAUCUUCAUGUUUAAUGAUUAAGUUGCUAAAUCCCCAAUUGAAACAGGGUAAUCAGUUAUGUAUUACUGGAAUCUGGAUCAAUUAAAGCAGGGCUUCUCAACCUUUUUGUUCCUACACCCACCCACACACACACACACACACACACAUCAGGGAUGGAAAUAAGACUCAUAUUGCAGUGUCACCCAUUCCAGGUUUUACAAUGAGCUUGAUUAGCCCCAGUGUAAACAAGUUCAGGUUUAUCUUAUUAAACUUAUACUACUAAAAUCAAGAAUGGAUCCAACUGCUUUGCAAUGGGAGUCUUAUUUCUAUCCCUGAUAUAUAUACAUAUAUAUACAUACAUUAUUUAUAUAUACUGUAUAUAUAUAAAUAAAUAAAAGAAAGUGAUUGCCAACCAGCUGAGAAUGUUUUAACAAACCUUUAUCCUUGUAAUUCAGGAAUGCAGAGAGAACUUGGUCGCACAUCUUGCGGUUUUUCUCAAUAAUCCAUACUACUCACGUUUUCCAAGAGUCAAUUCAUUUUAUUUGUUUCAUUGAACAAACUUCAAAAAAUGUAUAUAUAUAUAAAAAACAUUUCUGAUCUACGUCCACAACACGUUUCAACUUUGUUUUCAUCAGGUGGUGAAUAUUAUCAAUUAGAGCACACCCUGUUUAUACCACAAGAUGUGCGACCAAGUUCUCUCUGCAGUCCUGAAUCAUAAGAACGAAGGUUUGUUGGAACAUUCCCGGCUGGUUGGCAUAAAUUGAGAGAAACAAUCACUUUCUUUAUAGACAUUACCUUAUAUUGGUCUGCACCUUUGUGAAGAUUUAAGCAUUGCAGUGUAAAUAAAUGUUUUGUUUUACUUACUGCAUAUGCAACAUUCUGUCAAGACGUGGAGGUGUCUUCACCAAGCACACUCGCAUGUCAUGGUCAAAUGUCUGUGGAUUCAUUAAGUUGUAUGGCAAAAUCAUUGUCAUGCAGCCCAUCAAUGCACUGCGAAACUAUGUCUUCUGACAUAAAAAUGAUCCGUCGUCUGACAGUGUCAUUUGAUGUUGGUAUUUUUGCCAGUUCCUUGGCCUUCUGCUCUCCAAACAUUUCCUUCACAAUUUCAGUGGCGAUUUUUUUACUUUAGCAAUUUUCUGCGCCACUAUGUACGAUGACACUACAAGCUUUUCAUCCAUGGUAGUAGGAGAUUUCAUUACAGCUUUAGUACCAAGCAGUUCCUUAGCCUUUCGCUCAAAAAAUGAAUGUUGCUUGUUUUUAUAUAUACUGAUGCACAAUGAAAUGCAACAGUCUGCGUUUUACAUUAAUAGCUCAUUGGGCACGUACGUUUUUUUUUUUUUAUCAUUUUAAAAAGUGAGCAGAUAGGUUUGUUGAUUGUUUGAGUAGUAUUGUUCCUUGGGAUAACAAAAUACUGAGCUCAAGUCAUGUGAUUUCAUGAAAAUGCCAGGUGCUCAGUGUUUGGUGUUUUGAGUUGAGUUAAAAUUGCCAAAAUGAGUUGAUUAAGAAUCUGUAUAAACAGCCAUUCAAAAAGACAUGAUUUUAUUUAACACAAGAACAGUGAGGGACAGGCCAUGUCCUGGAAGGCAGAGGGUCACCACACCGGCCCAGGACCAUCACAUACGACUGAUCCAUCUGUGAAAUCAUUUUCAGACUGCUGUGGCUACAGCACAAGAAAUUCCAGGAAGAAAUAACCUGUGCAUCAGGAGAAUGACUGCAGCUCGCCAUCUGCAUGAAAAUGAUUUGAAUGCUCGGAGGCCGUUCAGGGGUAACAUAUUGACAGCUGAGAGACGAAAUCACCGUUUUCUGUGGGCUAGAGAACAUCUGAGGUGGCUGCAGAGAGAGUGGUGGAGUGUUUUAUUCACUGAUGGAUGCUGUUUUGCCCUUGACAGACCUGACAGAAGACAUGUGUGGAGACGUCGUGGUGAGCGUUAUGCUGACUAUUGCAUUGUUCAAGCCAACUGGUGGGGUGGUGGAAGUGAGAUGAUGUGGGGAAGAAUCUCCUUUAACACAAGAACACCUUUGAUACAGAUUGAGGGCAACCUUACUUCUCAGCAAUACAUUGACAGUCCUUGAGGUAACUGAAAGCCAAUCUGGAAGUUUCGAUUUUCCAGAAGGACAAUGCAAGACCACACAGUGCUAGGAUUACAAUUGUACGACUUCAAGAAAACAAUGUCGAGGUCUUGCCGUGGCCAGCUUUUUCUCCUGACCUGAGUCCAACAGAACCAAAUUUCUGGGACCAAAUCAUCAGUGCCAUCCACAUGAGACAACAGUGACCAGGCAACCUUCGCCAGCUGGCUGCAGCUGCACAGGAAGAGUGGCGGAACUAUCCAGAGGCUGCUCAGGUCUAUGCAUCAAUUCUGCCAGGAUUGUGUUAAUGCUCAGGGAGGCCAUACCCGAUACUAACUUUGUAAUGUUUUCAUUUUGACAGUGUGUCACGUUUCAUACUGAAACUUGUCAUGAUUCUUUGAUCUGUAUUUUUGUUCAAAUUUUCUGUGAUUUUGUUUGAUAUCUAUCUUUAAAAUAUUUCAUGAAAUCCAUUAGACCUGAAUGUUGCAUUUCUUUUGUGCAUUAUUCAUAUUAUUUGUUUACUGAUUUGAGUUGUAUUAGUUCAUAUAGAAAAGACAAAUUAUAGACAAUUGAUGAAUGCUUGCCUUUACAUGCAAUUGAUAGUUACACUGAAGCUGAGAUAUUAUCUGACUAUUAUGGCUUGCUGAGAUUAAUGUACUGACUUGUGUUAUAUUGAUGCUAAUCUUCUUUUCUAUUUUGUACCAUAUUAUUUUACACAUUAUUUAAAAUUCAUAAGAGAGUGUUGUGUGUUUUAUUGUCACUCGUUGUCUCUGCGGUCUUGAAUUCGUCCGGGAGCGAUGUAUAACUAAGAGUGCUAAUCAAAAUAAACCAUUCCAGGUAUUCAUUAAUUAUCUUUAAUUGGGUACAGUACACCCUCGCUAGAACAAACCUGUUGGGGUUCAAGCCUUUUGUUUGUUAUGUCGAGGGGUUCGUUAUAGUGAAAGGACUAUUACAAUAAACGAUAAACUGUUGGAGUUAAUGAAUGAGAUGAGAUUGUGAAUACAAGUGGAAUUACAUGUACUUGUUUAUCUCAUGUAUGCAGUAUCCUGUCUUUGCUUUAUCUGAUUCGUUAAAGAAUUAAAACACAGUACAAAAAGCAAAAAUCCCGAAUUGAAGCUGAACUUUGUAUUCAAAAUCAAUCUGACAUGAAUCGUUUUAAAGUGCAGCAAAUCUUAAUCCAACAUGCGAGAAUCCCAAAAUGAGAUUUAAUUCCAAGUCAACCCGACAUGAAAAGUUCAUCAGAUCCUAAAGUUUUUUUUGUUGUUGUUGUUUAUUCUUUGAUCAAUUUUGCUUUGCCGCAUGGUUACUGAACAAGCCAAAAAACAGAGUGCUUUUUGACCACCUAUAUUCACAAGAGAUACGCCUGCUUUACUGCUUUUUUCAAACGAUCAAUAUAGUUUCCAGAUUUGUUGUAACAUGAAAUGCUUUUUGUUUCUGAGGCAUAGUUAAACAGUGCACUCUUUUUAUUAAGACAAAACACUUGACUUCACUGCGGAGGUGGCAUCCCAUGUGUACAGACCAGGAUGUUGACAGUGUGUGUGUUUAUAUUAUUAUUUAUUUUUUAUUUUAGUUUAUUUGGGGUCCAGGGGCCAGGUUCGUUAUAGCAGAAGGUUUGUUUUAGUGAAGGGAGUUAUAGCAAGGGUGUACUGUAUUUAAACAUCAAUUCUCCCUUGUGACAGGUUGGCUUGAGUGGUCUGACAGACACAGACAGGUACUUGUGGGGCUAUACAAAAAUAAACAAAUAAACAACGCUCACAGAGCAAAAUAAAAGGAUUAAACAAAACAAAGUCUCAAACACAUAAAACAAACAAUACUUAGGUCAGGCUGGGCAAUUGCCUUCACUGACCCUAAAACAAUAUCGCGUGGGUCCUUCCAGCGCACGUAGUACUUGUUUUGUUCUUUCAGUGUUCUCUC